UAUCUCCUCAAAGAACAAAGACUUUUGUUCAUUCUUGUUGGUAUUCUAAUUGGUUCAACUUUUUUCAUCAUUCAACCUAGUCUAUCUCAUCUUAGCACAUCUUCUGAACCACAUUCUUCAAUACCCAGAUCAUAUAAUGCUUUAAAUCAUGAAUCUUUAUCAAAAUUAUCUUCAUAUAAUGAUAAAGAUGUAAGCUUUAGGGUGAAUGGGGUUACUGGGAGGGUUCCAGUUGGGGUUGGGAGGAAAAGGAUGAGGAUUGUGGUGACUGGUGGUGCUGGAUUUGUGGGGAGUCAUUUAGUGGAUAAGUUGAUUAAGAGAGGUGAUGAUGUUAUUGUGAUUGAUAAUUUCUUUACUGGUAGGAAAGAAAAUGUGAAACAUCAUUUUGGGAAUCCAAGAUUUGAGCUUAUUAGGCAUGAUGUUGUUGAGCCUAUCUUGUUAGAAGUAGAUCAGAUUUACCAUUUGGCUUGUCCUGCUUCUCCAGUUCACUACAAGUAUAAUCCUGUCAAAACUAUUAAGACAAAUGUGAUGGGCACCCUUAACAUAUUGGGGCUUGCCAAGAGAAUUGGUGCUAAGUUCUUGCUUACCAGUACAAGUGAGGUUUAUGGUGAUCCGCUUGAGCAUCCUCAAAAGGAAACAUAUUGGGGUCAUGUGAAUCCAAUAGGUGUUAGGAGCUGCUAUGACGAGGGAAAACGGACUGCGGAAACCUUGACUAUGGAAUACCAUCGCGGUGCAAAUGUCGAGGUUCGUAUUGCUCGGAUUUUCAAUACAUACGGACCUCAUAUGUGUUUAGAUGAUGGACGUGUUGUCAGCAACUUUGUUGCUCAGGCCAUCCGCAAGCAACCAAGGACAGUAUAUGGUGAUGGAAAGCAAACUCAUAGUUUUCAAUUCGUCUCUGAUCUGGUUGAUGGAUUAGUGGCCCUCAUGGAGGGUGAGCACAUUGGCCCUUUCAACUUGGGAAAUCCAGGAGAAUUUACCAUGUUGGAGCUUGCUGGGGUGGUGAAAGAAGUGAUUGAUCCCAGUGCCACUAUUGAGUUCAAAGCCAACACCGCUGAUGAUCCUCACAAGAGGAAACCUGAUAUUAGCAAAGCAAAGGAACUACUAAACUGGGAACCAAAAAUAUCAUUGCAAGAGGGGCUUCCUCUCAUGGUCAAUGAUUUCCGCAAUCGUAUCUUGAAUGAAGAUGAAGGCAAAGGGAACUAAACAAGAAUACUUAUCAAGAAAAAUUAGUAUGUAUAGCUCGAAACUUAUUUUCAUUGUUUAUUACACUUGAAGUUGUUUUCUCUGUCUUUUUUUUUUUGUAUUCUUUGUUGUAAUAGCAGAUGGAUCGCUAAGCGACAAGCUCCCGUCUAUAUAUAUGUUCUUUUCCAACAAUGUUUGCUAUUUUUGGGCAACUGACCCUGUGAUGUUAUAACGAUCAAGUGUUUUUGUUAUGAUGAUAUCUCCAUAUGUGAACGUU